CUGGUUGCGGCUCAAAUCUAGUAAACUAUACAGCGUUUGGGCAUCAGAGAAGAAUCCGGGUGCUGACUAGAUAGGCUGCUGGUGAGGUUUUGAAACACAGCCAGUAAAAGCACCGCUGCUACAGCAGCAUUCAUCUGACUCGCUGAGCUCCGGGCGAACCAUCUGACAUCGCAGGAUUAUUCUCUCUGAAAGACAGCAAUCAGCCAUUUUAGCCUUGCGCGCAUAUCCAUGCCAAAAGAACAAAGCUUCCAUGAGGUACAAAGGCAAAAGACCGAGAGUUGUAGACAAUAAUAAAAAAAAACUGCUCUUUUAUUUACGCGAGUUGCCUGUUUUCGAGCUGAAUUCUAGCACGUGCCACAUGUGACGAUUGUAGGAAUGUGGAGCAUGGGAUCACAGCAGCUCUUCACCUACAGCUCGGAAUCGUCUUGGGAGAUGACAGAUGGAUGCAUAGGGAGGAUCGAAGCUUGCCAGCCAACGUUGUAAACUCACCAUGGACCAGGGCUUCAGUUUCAGCACACUGAAGAAGUUAGCGGCCGAGCCAGAUCACACUGACAUUACUCUGCCAGCAGUCGAACGUGUGCGGGCCCUCAGCAAAAUGGGCUAUAACAUUGAAAUAAAUGAAGACAUCGCCCCGAGACGCUACUUCCGCUCUGGCGUAGAGAUGGAGAGCAUGGCAGCUGUUUAUCUAGAGGAGGGCAGUCUGGAGAAUGCCUUUGUCCUCUACAACAAGUUCAUCACUUUAUUUGUUGAGAAACUCCCCAAUCACAGGGACUAUCAGCAGUGUAACGUCCCUGAGAAGCAAGUGAUAAUGAAGAAGUUGCAAGAAGUGGCCUUUCCACGAAAGGACCAAUUGAAGAGACUUCUCCAUGAGAAAUACAGCAAAGAACACAGUGAAUAUCUGAAGAGUCAGACUCAAGCCAUGGCUGUUGAGAUGUGUAGUGAACGACUGCAGAAGAUGUCUCUGUUGGAGGAAGAACGGCAACGUGUAGCACAGCUCAGGAAGAUGCAAAUCGAAUCCGAGCAGUUCCGCUACUUCGAGGACCAACUGCGUAGACAAGAGCUGGCCAGUCGCAGGGAUGAGGCUGUCCCCAAAGUGCCUGAACAAACCGACGGGUCCUGCUUAUCCCAGACCCCGAGAAACCAUGCGCGCCUUGACCCCAAUCGUAACAAACCAGCAGCCACCUUAGCAGCUGUACAAAAUCAGCGUGUCGAAGGCCUGAGGCGGGUUUUAAUCCCUCGAGACCUGACUUACAGGUUCCUUCUGCUGGCUGACAGUAACACGGCGAGAGGAAUUGAGACGUGUGGAGUUCUCUGUGGAAAACUGACACACAAUGAGUUUGUGCUGACCCAUGUGAUCGUCCCCAAGCAGUCCGCUGGCCCUGACUACUGUGACAUGGAGAACGUGGAAGAGCUGUUCAGUUAUCAGGACCAUCAUAACCUUCUGACCCUGGGCUGGAUCCAUACCCACCCGACACAGACGGCCUUCCUUUCCAGCGUGGAUCUGCACACACACAGCUCUUAUCAGCUCAUGCUACCGGAGGCCAUCGCUAUUGUUUGCGCACCUAAACACAAUGACACGGGAGUGUUCCGACUCACCAGUGCUGGAAUGGGAGAAGUGGCUGGAUGCAGAUUGAAAGGUUUUCACCCCCACUCUAAAGACCCUCCUCUGUUCACUAUUUGCAAGCACAUUGUGGUGAAGGACUCAAAAACGACAGUUCUGGACCUCAGGUGACAGAGGGAGAGAAGAAAUAUUUCAGUAUCAGCAAACCAUUGAGAAUAUUUAUAUCGAUCUUUACUUGAAGGCUUUUUUAAAUUUAUUUAUUUUACAAAAAGGUACUGUGAAACGGAAUCCCUCAGCUACACAGUUUGCUGUGAGCAGGUUUAGUGAAGUUAUUGAGAUGUUCCAAUGGACCUUUUUCACAUUUCCGGGCUUCUCAGCAGCGGAAGUCAUCAUA